CACCAUUAAUCAUUUACUGAAAAAACUCAGAGCGCUUCAGAACAAAAUCAGAAAGGAACAAAAAAAGUCAGAGCUUUUCAGAAGAAAGUUAGAAAGGAACAAAGAAAAAAAAAAUGAAGCGUACCCGUCGCCCAAAUAACGCUGGAAACAAGCAAUUCGUUUCCGGUGGCGUUUAUCGCACAAAAAUGAUAAUGUGUGUAUUCAGCCCAAUUGUGAAUUCAUUUGCAGUAGCCACUAUAAGCGGGUUAAUCGAAAGUGCAGACCGUUGUCCGACACCCGGCAGGCAGCAUACCCCACCCCCACCCUUAUCACUUUCAACCCAUCGUCAACCCCAUUUCGCCAUCAAUGCAUACACAGAAACUAUCUCAUUUAAUCCUAUGAACGCCUUAUCGAACAACCCAAAAAUGGCCAGCACACGAAUUAUUAUUCGUUUAUAGCUGGACUUGCGAUUUUCCCCAACUUUAAUGGCUACUGAAAAUGCAUUCACUUGAAAUUGUAACUAAAAUUAUUAGUUUUGCGUCAGAUAGCAAUGCCCAUUCUCUUCACCGAAAGUGUCUCCGAACCGAGAAGCCGGCUAUAGACACAGGCCAAGGACCCAAAGAUCCCACCGGUGCUCCGCGUCGCUGGCGAGGAGUGACUGGUCUGUCGGAUCUCGCGGUUCUCGGCCGGGGGCGACUGAUCCACCGUUGCUGGGCACGUGGUUCGGACUCCGCUGGCUCUUAGCUACGGUUCGGUGCACUCGGGUCGCAGGAAUGGCCAUGGCUAGUUCCUGAACUAUGGUUUUUAGUAGAUUAACCAGCCAACCAGACAGCCUGACAGCCCCUGACGCUUCCGUUUAUGAUGAAACUCGAUGGGUUCCGUUGGCAAAGCCACAACAUUUUUUUUUUAAAUAUAUAUCCAAUCCGAAUGCCAACGCCCAGCCGUUGAUCCAGCCUCCAUUGCAGGCCGCUAAUGUGGUCCAGAAUCAGCCACAAGCCGCUCCCCAGCCGGCACCGGCACCGGUUGCAGCUCCUGCUCCCGUUCAGCAGCAGCCACAGAAGAAGCCCGAUGGAGCCGCUAUUGCGGCCAAGCUGCCCAUGCCAAUACUGGUAAAGAUAGAGCCCCUCGAUGUGGAGGCGGAGCCGGAGCCGAUGCAGGAUUCAUCUCAAGAAACCGACACCGACCGGGAUGUGACUAUUGAUUUGAGUGAGGAGAAUGUAUCUGGAGGCAAGAUUCCAUUCAAGAAGAUCUUCCAGAAGCGCAAAAAGUCAUCGGAGCGCACUCGGGAUAAGAAGCAGCGCCAGAACCGUCAGCUUCGCAAGUCGAUGCUUCCCAAGAACGCUCUAAUGGCCCUCAAUGAAGUCAAGGGCGUGACUAUCAGUGAUUUCACCAUUGACAGCAAUGCCGAUGGGGGAUUCACUGCCAUAGUGACAGUAAACUCUAACCAGUACGAGGGCAAGGGACUCUCCAAGAUGUCCGCCAAGAACGCUGCUUGCGAGAAGGCUUGGCGUGAUUUUAUUAUUGCCAAAAUGACUCCGAAACCCCCUCGCUCUCAGCCGAACGAGUCAGACAACGGCGACGAGGCAAUGGAUACUAACGAGGACGAGGCGGAGUCGCCGGAGGAUGAUCUACCCAUGCUUAAUCUGGCCUCGUUUGCCAUCUACAAACUGUUUGCUGAGUGGGAGCGCGAGGGUUUUGUAGUUCCUGAGAUGCACCCCAACUCGGCCCAAAACCCGAAUGCUUCUGGUGGCGGGGAUGCUGCUCCAGCCGCGCCAGCUGCUCCCAAAGAGCCAAAGAAGCCGCCAAUUCGCAGCGAUUUGCCGCCCAACUGGCAGACUAUGCAUCCGGCAACUAUUUUGUGCAUUAUGCGUCCUGGUAUUACCUAUGUGGACUACGGAACCUCUGGCGAGAAGCCAAAUGUUGUCCAGCACUUGGGCAUAGUGGUUGAUGAUCAGGAGUUCACCGCUAGCGGCCGUUCGAAGAAGAUUGCUCGCCGCAAUGUGGCCGUUAAUGUGUGCAAUACAUUGUUUGGAACCAACUUCACCUACGAGAACACCGCUUAAAGAACCCAAGGAACAAGGAUUAACAACUCUGCUAGCAACUAUACCCUUCUUAACGGCCUAUGGUCAUAGGCGCUAUAAUACGCACGCUUAGAAAUAAACCGUCAUAAACGGACCUAGAGAUAUUUAAUGUUGUUGUGAAA